UUUUUUUUUCUUUAUUUUAUACAACUUUUUAUUUAGUCUUUCUUACUCGCUCUACACAUUCUUACUUCAAAUUCACAUUCGCAGACACAUACACAUACAUACAUACACUUUACACGCUUGUCUGAAUAGACAUCAACGUCCACCUAAAUACAUUUGUGCUUGCCCUCGGUCAUGAACAACGGACAUAUUAACAUGGCAUCAGGCGGAAUGGCUAUGGCAUCUCUUAGUCCCAUGGACACGGAGCAGUUUCAGGAACAUCAGCUUCGUUUGCAUGAAAGGUAUCGACUGCAACAUGAGCAACAGAUGGAACUCAAUCAAAAUAGUACACACCCGCAUGACAACGACAAGAUGUCGCCUUACUAUUCUUCUCAAGGUGUCUUUGUCGGACAUGAAUUAAGUCCAAACUUCGUUGCUAGGCCACAAUAUGGCCUUUCUGACUUUCAGCUUUUAGAGACUUUGGUCAUAAAUGAAGAUAAUGCGAGGCUUCUUGCCUAGACUUUUCACCCCUUUCAUAUUUCAAGUUCAAACUGCAAAAAUCCAUGAGUG